AUGAAAUAUUUGACAAGAUUUGUAAUCUUCAUUCUAAUUCAACUCGUAUUAACCGGCUAUGUAAAAGCAUUAUAUCGACCUGUUGUAAUCUGGCAUGGAAUGGGAGAUACGUGUUGCAAUCCUGAUAGCAUGGGUAAGAUACAGGAAAUCAUCAAAGAUACCUUACCCGGAAUUUACACAUAUUCAGUAAUGCUCGGCGAAGAUGAAAGUGAGGAUAAAAAAGCUAGUUUUUUUGGUAACAUUAACGAAGAGAUUGAUAGUGUAUGUGAGAAAUUGAAAAAUGAUGAAAAUCUUAAAUACGGUUUCAAUGCCAUUGGAUUUUCUCAAGGUGGUCAGUUCCUUCGCGCAUAUGUCCAACGUUGCAAUGAUCCACCAGUGUACAACUUGAUUACUUUCGGAUCCCCACAUAAUGGUAAGAAACAUUUAUUUCGUAUGCCAUCUUUUUCAUCUCAUUCUAAUCCUCUCACGUUUUGUAGGC